UUUCAAUUCUAAGGGGGUAUGUUCUGUGCUCUGUGAUUUAUCCGCUCCUAAAUUAGCCUCUCGUCUCGUGUCAAAGUGAUCCCACCAAUGUUCUUUAAUGAUUGGGACAUUUUCCACUCAAUUCGCCGGUCGAGCGACACGUAGCACUUAAGUAUGGAAACCGGCGUCUCUUUGCCACCAGUACAGUGAGUGCGAAGCCGGGGAUAGUUGCCAAAGGACAUGUUGCUGUUGAAAGUGGUCGCAGCCCUGCUGGGGCUGAUGGGUGCGGACGCCAUGCUACUGGAAGGAAUCUACUGCGGCAAGAAGAACUGCUACGAUGUGUUGGAAGUUACGCGCGACAGCACCAAGAGCGAGCUGGCCAAAAGUUAUCGAAAACUGGCCCGUAAAUACCAUCCAGACAUGCACCGGGGCAAAGAGGAGAAAGCGGUGGCCGAGGAGCAGUUCAAGGCGCUGGCCAACGCGUACGAGAUUCUCAAAGACGACGAGAGUCGCAUAGAUUACGACUACAUGCUGGAUAAUCCGGAUGAGUACUACGCGCACUAUUACCGCUACUACCGGCGCCGAGUGACCCCCAAAGUGGACGUGAGAAUCGUGAUCGUAGCAGCCAUAUCCAUCAUAUCGAUCGUCCAGUACUACUCGGCCUGGCAGCGCUACGAUAGUGCCAUCACCUACUUUAGUACAGUGCCAAAGUACCGCAACAGGGCACAAGACAUUGCGAAGCAGGAAGGCCUGCUGCCCGACAACUCGAAAAGGGGCCCCAAGCGACAGAAAACUUCCAAAGACCAGAUGGAGGCCAUCAUCAAGAAGGUCAUCGAGGACAAGAUGGAUAUCAAAGGGGCCUACGCGAAGCCGAAACUAUCCGACGUUGUCUGGGUACAGCUGAUCAUCUUCCCCUACACGGCUGCUAUCUAUCUCUACUGGCACGCUUCUUGGUUUUGGCGACACACCGUCCUCAAGCAGCCCUACAGCGACGAGGAGAAGCUCUACAUAAUCAGAAAGCACUUUAAGAUGGGGCAACAUCAAUUCGACUCACAGGAGGAGGAGCGCAAGCAGGAACUGCUCGAUAGGAAGCUGUGGGUGAAGGAGAACUUCAAUGAGUGGUUUGAGGAGCAGGAAGAAAUCACCAAGAAGCAGCUAGCGGAGAAUAACCGGCAUAAACAGUACAGGCGCUACAUGAAAACUAAGGGAGUCGGCCGGAUGACCUUUGAUGAUUCAUAAUUUAUUAUAUUUAGGAAAAUACAGUUUUUACAUAAACCGCCA